UGAUGAUCAGUAAAUGCCCGACAAUACGCACAAUUUGUUCAUAUAAAUACCAGCCCGGAUCCAAAUUCGGGAUUAGUUUUUUGAACCACUUUGAACCAAAACCAUUAUUAAUCUAGUCUCUAGAACUGCCAUAUUUAGUGAAAAAUUUACCUUGUGUGAUCAACAUGUUCAAGUGUGCCGUAUUCUGUGUGAUAUUUUUCGCUGCCGCGUUCGCCCGGCCACAGUCCAAUGACCCAACCCCCAUACCUAUAGUGGCGCAAUACUCUAAUAACGCCCCAGAUGGCAGUUUUAACACCACUUACGAAACAGGAAACGGUAUUAAAGUGCAAAAUUCUGGCUACAUUAAACGAAUUCAUGUUCCUGCACAUGAAGAUGAAAGUGGAAAGUUGGUAGAAGAACACGAAGAGGAUAUCAUCGUUCAAGUUGGAUCAUUCUCCUACACCGAUACUGAUGGUAAUGUGAUUUCCCUCUCGUAUAUCGCCGAUGAGAAUGGCUUCCAACCAACUGGAGAUCAUUUGCCCAAAGCACCUCAACCAGAUCAAACCGAAUCCUUCGCCAGAUCCGUCGGACAACCCCAGCAACAACAGUUCACACAACAGCCACAACCCUUCUCUCUGCAACCACAAGGACAAGGUCAAUUUUAAGGAACAAAUGUCUAAGCGGUCAAGAGGAGAUAUGGCGUAAAUAAUUUCAUGGAAGCGAACCAAAAGUCAGUGGUUCUGAGGUUCAAUUACACUGGAAUCACGUUUAGCAUUAAUUCAAAAUUACUCAUAUAUGUUUGUAUAAUGUAUUUUUUUAAAUAAAGUGAUUUUAUAUUGUUGCAGAAAUAA